AUUAGUGAAGUGAAUCGUUUCGAGGUGUUGGUGAUUUUUGAUAAUUUUAUUACAAUUUUUAAUAGCGUUCACAAGUUUAAAAGUGUUCUUAAAGUAUUGAGUGAAAAUGUUAUCUUCAAGCUAAAGUGCAAUUGUGCGUUGACUCUUGUCUCUGAUAUUGAUGUGUUUACGGUUUGUUCCAUAUUUAAUACGGUCACGUCUUCCCGAUACAAAUUUAAUCCGUUCUUGUAUUUAUUUUAGCCAUAUACUCGCCUAAAAUAAGACUAAAACUAUAGAACAAAUUAUAUGUUUACACCUUUUACUAUGAUGCACGGUUUAAAAACUUGAUUAAAGCAACAGUAUUGUGAAAUGUAUUUUGAAAACCAUUUGGGGUUCACUUACAUUGUUAUGGCAUCUGUCCGGUGACGGAAACUAUAAAAGUUGUUACGAAAUAACCUAAACUGUUUGGUAACUGAAGAUUUACCAUGUGACUGUAUGUGAUAUAUAAUUUAAGUGUAAAAGUAGUGUGCCGUCAUUAAGUUUCCUUUUGUUCAAUGGAUUCCAAAGGAAAAGGGAAGAAAAGUGAUCGUAAAAAUGAGAAGGAGAAAAAAAUGGAUUCCGAUAAAGUUGAAAUUACUAAUGUUACUCCUAUCAAAGGAAGUCAAAAUUCAAAUGAAGAUGCAGGUGAUUCCGCAAGCUCAACAGACAGUGAAGAAUUAGUUAACGCAAUAAAUUAUAACACAAUAACUUCAUUAGCUGCCUUGAAAGAUAUAAUUCAAGGCGAUAAUACUGAUACACCUGAAACAGAUACCUUUUUUCAGCAUUAUUUUAUGAAUCAUUGCAAUAAUUUGUCAAGUCGCAAUUCUAAUUCUGCAUCACCUUUUCCAUAUACUGAAAGGCGUAGGUUAUCACAAUGUCGGGAAGAAGACGAAGACGAUGAAAAAAAAGACUGUAACCGUCGAUAUGCUAGUAGUUCUAUAAACACUGAUUCAAAUACUGUUAAUUUAGAUUCAGAUGUUGUACUUCCUCCCAAGAGGGAGAUUAUGAACAUUGACACCGAGAAAAAUAACAAAGACUCUAAUAAUUUAAGUACCGAUAGUAAGACAAGUACUGUGGAAACCGAAGAUAUCUCAGAACGCACAGUAAUGGGAGCAAAGCACAAAUUUUUAGUUACGAAAACUGAACAAAUGACCACUCCUGUUGCACGAGCUCUUAGAAAUCAAGUUAAUAAUGCGCACACAGUACAUUUUGGAACAAAAGGAGCAGAAGAGCAGAGACCAAAUGUAAGAACUAUUUUUACGGGAAAGAAUCUCCAUCACGAUAAAAAUUAUUUUGACAGUAGUUUGAUUGAAAUCAGAUCUACCGUGGACGGAGUACUUCCUAGUGCAGAAGAUAUUUGGGUUAAAAGAACUGAAGAAAAACACGUGCCUAAAGAAGAUAACAUUAAAAUUACCGAGAAAAUCGUAAAAAAGGGAGGAAAGGAGACUCUAGAAGAUAAGAAGGUUGUAGAAAAACGUGAGCGAUCAGGUACUUUGGGUGCAUUGCCUGUACGAAAGGAAAAAGAAACUCCAAAAAAGGCCACAAAGGAAAUAGAAGUUCGCAGAAGCAGCGAUGACAGACGCUACAAGAGAGAACAACGUCUGGAUGCAGCUAUCACGCGCAGCUGGCAGUCUGUUGGGGAGCGCAAGCGCCGUGGCUCUGCUGAUGAUGGCCAGGCACAUACUAUGUACCAACAAACCAUACAUGGUACUUCUGGGGUGAGUCGCAGACCGGCUUUGUUUGACAUCUUCAAAUCGCGGUCUCGCGGGGACGCUAAAAAACAGCCUUCCAUUAUACAGCAAGUCAGGGCUGCUGUGCAGAAUAUAACUAAAUCGAAUGCGUCGACCAGAGAAUCAACUAAAUCCGAAUCAUCGAAGUCCGAUGUAGGCACCAGUUCGAGCGGUGGCGCGUUGUCCCCUGAGGCAAAGGAUGGAUCAGCUCACGAGAUUGUCGACGUAGUAAGCGAGAAUCUGAAUAAAUCUAAUCCGAAUCCAGCGACAAGAGCAUUGGCGAAGGAACGCUCAGCUCAUCACCGGUACUAUCACACCGUGUCGGCGUCAUCCUCUCGUCGACCAAGCGCUAUGGCCAAAGUGAUGGACAUAUUCCGCGGCCGGGCGUCCGUUCCGGCCCCGUCUAACGAAGCUCCCGAAAGGCGAAAAUCGAAGGCGCAACCUCAACAUCAUCAACAUACUUCAGGUGCACAUUUGCGCCGUGCAGCAUCUCAAGAGGCAGAGAAGCGUCGUUCUUCGCUCGGCAAUGUGCCCACAGCGCGACACCGCGCUUCUGACGCUUUCCUCGAUCCGCAUCACGCGGCCAUUUUGUUUCGAGAUUCAAGAGGGUUGCCAGUGGCUGACCCGUUUUUGGAAAAAGUCAGCCUAUCUGAUUUAGAGGAAGAUGAGUCCCAGAUUUUCGUGAAAUUUUUCAAGUUUCACAAAUGCUACGACCUGAUCCCCACGUCCGCCAAACUGGUCGUGUUCGAUACGCAGCUGCUUGUAAAGAAGGCCUUCUUCGCCCUUGUUUACAAUGGAGUCAGAGCGGCGCCGCUGUGGAAUUCGGAGAAGCAGAUGUUCGUUGGCAUGCUCACUAUCACGGAUUUCAUCAAGAUUCUCCAGAUGUACUACACCAGUGCCAACGUCACAAUGGACGAGCUAGAAGAACACCGCCUGGAGACAUGGCGACAGGUUCUGAAAGGCUCCGUGAUGCCGCUUGUCUCGAUUGGCCCCGAUGCAUCGCUUUUUGACGCGAUUAAGACGCUUAUAACCAACCGCAUCCAUAGGCUGCCUGUUAUCGACCACGAGACGGGCAACGUGCUGUAUAUUCUUACGCACAAAAGGAUAUUACGCUUUCUGUUCCUUUAUAUUAACGAACUGCCGAAGCCGUCGUACUUGCAGAAGAAACUUCGCGACUUACGCAUUGGCACGUUGAAUGAUAUAGAGACUGCCACCGAGGAAACGUCCAUCAUUGAAGCGCUGAGAAAGUUUGUGAACCGGCGCGUUUCAGCCCUUCCGCUUAUUGACCCUGAAGGUCGCCUCAAGGACAUAUACGCGAAAUUUGAUGUUAUUAAUUUGGCGGCUGAAAAGACCUAUAACAACCUGGACGUUACACUAAAGAAAGCCAACGAGCAUCGCAACGAGUGGUUUGAGGGCGUGCAAAAGUGCAAUCUGGACGAGACGCUCUACGAAGUCAUGGAAAGGAUUGUCCGUGCCGAGGUGCAUCGUUUGGUAGUAGUGGACGAGGACGACAAAGUUAUUGGAAUAAUAUCUCUGUCGGACCUGCUGAUGUACCUGGUGCUGCGACCCACCGGCGACUGUGAGGGCGCUAGUCUGCGCAACGAGCACGGACCUAUAGAGGAGACAGACGAGACCUCCGCCUCGGAGGAGACCGGAACAGUGGCGGAGCCAACCGCCAAUGACACUGAACAGUCGAAAGACGAAGACCAGUGUCACGAGUAAGUAAGUGUGAUUGAGUGAACGUAGAAUUUAGGCUUAGUUUUAACUUUAUGCGAGCGUGGCUCUUUUCACAGACGGUUGUGAUAUAUCGAUAAUGUAGCGCGAUUUAUUUCGCUCACGUUUGUUUUCUAAGCACAGCGACGUUUACCGUCGGAGCGGGAUCACUGUUAAUUUAUGCGCCCCAGUAUGGUAAUCGACAUAUAAAUAGCCCAGUCUGAAGUUGCAAGACGCGUAUACUGUGCUAAGUAGAUAUAAAGUUUGCGUGCUAUGUGAUAAGAAAACUAGACUUAAAUAUGUUAGGAUUACAGUCAAUAAUUCUGUAAUCCUGUUGCUUAGUUUAACAAAAGCGAUUUGGGCUUUAAAAAAAUUUUCAUUAAUUAACUUUGUCUCUGAUAUUACAUAGUUUCGAUAGACGAAAAUGACUUUCGACUAGGACCGUACAAAUCUUUGCUGAAAGUACAGUUUUUGUACACUGCGCAGCUAUACGCCUUGUGUUCAGACUGAAUUACUUGUUUUGCGGACUCUUAGAAAGGUUUUGGUCAAUUCGUUAAUAUCAAGGUCAGUUAUUUGUCAUACAAGAUUGAUGACUAGUUCAGACUAGCAUGGAUUAUAUUAAAUUUUCUAGAGCACAAAUAAUACCAGGGCGAAACGGCAAUCAAGAAAUUUUAUAUAAGAAGCUCCAAAUACUCUUUCAUUGUUAACUAUUCGUACUAUAUAGGCAUACAAACUGGUCGAGGUCAAACCACCUUGCGUUCACAUAAAACAUGUGAAUACAGAA